UUCUGGUUCAUCUCGGGACUGCCGGAACGUGUGUGAACCUGGGGAGCCUCCGAAGUUUGAUGAUUUUUUUUAUAAAUUUUUAUUGCGCGGGUGAUAUCUAUAACAAGAGUUUGAAUCUCCAGCCCACUCCGCCAGACUCCGCCCACUUUCUCCCUCACUCUUCCGAAAUGACUCUCGUCAAACUGCCCGGUUCAACAGCAGGCUCCGAGUCGAAUCGUCGCGCCCGGGUAGCCUUUCUCGGUCCGAUUGGAACGUAUUCUCACGAGGUCACGCGGAAGCGCUUUGAUGGGCCAGCGUACGCGCUUGUACCCUACGAGACAAUCCACGAUGCCGUCCAUGCUCUCCUUCCAAGCCCCGACGACCACACUCGGGCAUCCUGGGCGGUCGUUCCGAUCGAAAACUCUUACUUCGGCCCGGUAGUCGAGACUCGGCAAGUAUUAUCUGAACCCCAAGUCAUCCGAUAUACACAUACGCUCGACGAACGCAUUCACCUCAAGGUCCAGCAUUGUCUCAUCGGCCGUAAACCGUCCCACAUAUCACCCUCAUCAUCAUCAUCAUCAUCAUCUCCUGGAACCCUUCCUCCUAUCCGCAUAAUCUACAGCCAUGCUCAGGCUCUAGGACAAUGUCAACAGUACCUCGCCACGCAUUACCCAGACGUGGAAACCCGGGCCACGUCGUCAACCGCCGAGGCGGCUACCCUCGUCGCUAACGAUUCCUCACGGUCUUCUCUCGCUAUCUGCGCCGCCUCCUGUGUCGAAUACUUCCCUCUGCUUGAGGUCUUGGAUGCCAAUAUACAAGAUGCUGGUCAAGAUAACAUCACUACAUUCAUUGUCCUAGGUAGCAAGGAUUGACGGACCGAUAUCACUAGAUAACUAAGUCAUGUUUGUUGAAAUACCAAAUCCUUGUUAUGAAGUUAUGAAAAAAAAAAAAAACAUUUAUCAGACAUUCAACCCGAUUCUGCAGGACUUGCAGCUAUAUUGAAUCAUUCGACUGAGCAAUUGUUCAAACAGCAUUCCCCCGUGACGGGCUCCUAUGGGCUCAAAUUACAAACCAUGCAAAUCUAGAUUCGUGUGAUCUAUCCAUACAUUACGUUCACAAUACCUUCUUCUUGAAAAAAAAAAAGUUAAAACAAAACACUUCACAGGCAAUUAUGUCAGAGUUCGGGAAAAGAUAAAGGAUUGGAAUUCUGUUUAAAGCGCUACUUGGGAGACAGUCUCUUCAAAACAAAAGAUCUACAUGCCGG